GAGUCCCACGCCUGGUCUCUUUUUCUGCUUCCCACAGUGCCCCUUUGGAACCGACAUCUUCCCAGUUCAGGAACGGUCUCAUUGCACUGCUACCUUUCCAUUCCACUUCAGACUGGCGCACCCCGAGCUAGCUCGCAGUUUUUGGCCACCGUACAAACACCUUAAUUCACUCCACCAUGAAGGCUGCUCUCCUCGCAGCAGCGCUCUUUUCCCCGUCCGUCCUCGCAUCUUACAGCCUGGUCAAAACGUACUCUGGUUCUAGCUUCUUCGACGGAUGGACAUUCUACGGGAAUUACGACAACACCACCGAUGGUGAUGUCACAUACGUAAACCAGUCGCUGGCCACGUCCGACAAGCUUGCGUACGUAGACAGCUCGGGCCAGGCCAUAGUCAAGGUCGAUAACUCGAGCUUUGUCGUCUAUAACGAUAAGCGCAACUCGGUCCGGAUCACGACCCAGGACUAUUUCCCGCUCGGGAGCGUCAUCCUCUUCGACGCUACACACCUGCCUUACGGGUGCUCCGUCUGGCCUGGCUUCUGGACAAAGGCGGCGCAAUGGCCCGAAGGCGGCGAAAUCGACAUCGUCGAGGGCGUCAACGGGAUGACGUCCAACCAGAUGGCGCUCCAUUCGACGGGCGGCUGCAGUGCGACCUCGAGCGCGAACGCGUCGGGCACCAUCGGGCCCACCAACUGCUCCGCGGCUGCUGGCUGCACAUAUACUGAGACGAAGGCGGACAGCUACGGCGCAGGCUUCGCGUCGGCCGGCGGCGGGCUGUGGGCGACCCUGUUCGACUCGACGGGCAUCUCCAUCUGGUUCUGGGGGCGCGCGGACAUCCCGUCGUCGAUCUCCUCCGCCGGGAGCUCGCUGAGCGUCGCGGACUGGGGCACCCCGUCCGCGAACUACCCGGCGUCGUCGUGCGACAUUGCGGAGUUCUUCCAGCCGCAGCAGAUCGUCAUCGACAUCACGCUGUGCGGGGACUGGGCCGGCCUGACGUCCAUCUACCCCGAGACCUGCCCCAUCGUCGGCGCGUCGACCGCGAACGCCUCGUCCUGCUACCUCCAAAACGUGAUCAACAGCGGGAACCAGACGGCGCUGUCGGAGGCGUACUUCGCGAUGAACUCGAUCAAGGUGUACAACGCGAACGGGACGGUGGUGAGCGCGUCGGGCGCGUCGUCGAGCGUGUCGCCGACGAGCACGGCUGCGCAGGGCUCCAAGACGACGUCGGGCGCGGGCAGCCGCGGGGCGCUGAGCGUGUUCGCGGCGGGCAUCGGCGCGCUGGCCGCGUGGACGCUGCUGUAAGAGAAUGGGUCCUGUACUCGCGACAAAGCAUGGCUUGGACCAUGAACCUGGACUCUAGGUGUAUGAUUGGCAUUACCUAUUAGCUUGCGGUGCUGCUGCGAAUCCUACAAUAUAUUCCACUGUCGAACGCCGGCUA